ACGCCCCUUUUUCCAUAUCCCCAGCCAUGUCCGAAACUGAUAGCGGCCUCAGACCUAUGGCGUUUGCGCCAGACAUUCUUGCGCGCAUUGCCCCCGAAUUAUCCUUGCAAAGGCAUCUUGCCAUCGGGCUCCGUCCGUCGUUGCGCAACUUUCACGAAUUCCGCCCGGUCCAGACCGGUGACGGCGGUUUGAGCCGCUACACCAGCUCUUCCCAGAACGAUUCGCCGGUCUUGGGCUCGGCCGUGCUAAAAUCUGGCAACACCACCGUCAUCUGCGGGAUCACCGCCGGGAUUGUGGAAGAAAAGCUUAGUGAGCAGGCGUUGGCGGAGGCCGCUAGUGUGUACCCAGUGGUGGAGAUUGCGCGCGGCCGGAUGGGUGCGCCCACAGAUGAGGAGAUGAUCUUGUCGCAGAAGUUGUUUGAGACGGUGCAUCACGCUGGAGUGCUCCAGAAGGCGGCGUUGAAGGUGAAUGUAGGUAUCCGCUCGCAAAACUCAGAUGGGACGUCUGAAGUCUUUUACCCCGAUCAGAACUCUGAGGACGAUUUGAUGUUUAAGCCGUCCCGUGAGUGGAGCUUUGUGCUCUACGCGCACUUCCAGGUGUUUUCCCGCGAGGGCCCGAUGUUUGACUUGUGCUGGGGUGCCUUGGUCAAAGCCUUGCAGGCCACCCAGUUACCGUAUGCUUAUAUUGACGAGCGCAUUGCCGAUAUUAAGGUACCAAUCAGAUCUCGUGGCCAUUUUGGGACCGUCAGAGAGAAUUACAUGUUAGCCUGCGACUAUGCGCGAUCCCAGCCGUUGGAGAUAGCCGGUAAAUGUGGCUGGAGCUCCUCCUUUGGGGUUGUGGACGCGCACUCUGAGGAGUCGGGGGACAUGUCUGGGGACAUCCAGAUGGAUGAAUCCGCGGUAUUGUUGGCGGACUUGCAGGGUGAGGCCGAGGAAACGAACGUUGUUUCCAGGAUUACCGUUGUAACAGCUGGUGAGCUCUUGCACAACGUGAGCAUCGUCGGUGGCGGCGCCACCAUCACCAAGCAGUUUUUGAAGCAGGCCAUCGAAGUUUCUCGGAGACGAGCCGCGGAUCUUUUGGCCUAGGCAAUGUGACAUACGUGUAUAAUAGAAUGUGUAUAUUCAACUUGAG